AUGGCUCCCCUCUGGGUGGGAGUACAACUUAUUUCUGAAAAAUUUGGACCCUUAGAAUGUCUAGCUGUGCUGGUGCUUAUAAUCUGUGAUGAGAGCUCCAGAACAGCUCGCUCAGAGGAAGAUCGAGACUCACUGUGGGAUGCCUGGGGUUCAUGGAGUGAAUGUUCACGCACGUGUGGAGGAGGGGCUUCGUAUUCACUGAGACGUUGCCUGAGCAGCAAGACCUGUGAAGGGCGAAACAUCCGAUACAGGACAUGCAGCAAUGUGGACUGUCCUCCAGAAGCAGGUGAUUUUCGUGCUCAGCAGUGCUCGGCGCAUAACGAUGUCAAGUAUCAGGGACAGUUUUAUGAGUGGCUUCCUGUCUCUAACGAUCCUGACAACCCAUGUUCGCUGAAGUGCCAGGCCAGAGGAACAGCUUUGGUUGUAGAGCUGGCACCAAAAGUUCUGGAUGGGACCCGAUGCUACACUGAAUCCCUGGAUAUGUGCAUCAGCGGCUUGUGCCAAAUUGUUGGCUGUGACCGCCAGCUGGGAAGCACUGUCAAGGAAGAUAACUGUGGGGUCUGCAAUGGUGAUGGGUCCACCUGCCGGCUGGUUCGAGGCCAGUAUAAGUCCCAGUUCUCAGCAAAUAAAAUGGUCGAUACAGUAGUUGCUAUUCCCUAUGGAAGCAGGCAUAUUCGCCUCGUGCUGAAAGGACCCGAUCAUUUAUAUUUGGAAACCAAGACUCUCCAAGGUGUUAAGAGUGAAAACAACCUCAGCUCCACAGGUUCCUUCAUUGUGGACAAUUCUAGCAUUGACUUCCAGAAGUUUCCAGACAAGGAGAUACUGAAAAUAUCUGGGCCUCUCACUGCAGACUUCACUAUCAAGAUAGUCUACGUUGGUGCUGCUGACAGUUCAGUCCAGUUCAUCUUCUAUCAGCCUAUCAUUCAUCGAUGGAGAGAAACUGAUUUUUUCCCUUGUUCAGCAUCCUGUGGAGGAGGUUAUCAACUGACUUCUGCUGAAUGUUUUGAUCUGAGGAGUAAUCGGGUAGUAGCAGAUCAAUACUGUCACUAUUACCCUGAAAAUAUCAAGCCAAAGCCAAAACUUCAGGAGUGUAAUCUGGAUCCUUGUCCUGCAAGUGAUGGAUACAAGCAGAUCAUGCCCUAUGACCUCUACCAUCCCCUUCCUCGAUGGGAAAGUACGCCCUGGACUGCCUGCUCCUCAUCCUGCGGAGGGGGCAUUCAAAGCCGCAGUAUCUCAUGUGUGGAGGAAGACAUUCAAGGGCAUAUUAGCCCCGUGGAAGAAUGGAAAUGCAUGUACACUCCAAAGAUGCCUCUUGUCCAACCUUGCAAUAUAUUUGACUGCCCAAAGUGGCUUGCUCAGGAAUGGUCACCGUGCACUGUGACCUGUGGACAAGGGCUCAGAUAUCGCGUGGUCCUUUGCAUUGAUCACAGGGGGAUGCAUACAGGAGGCUGUAGCUCUAAAACAAAGCCACACAUAAAAGAAGAAUGCAUUGUACCCACUCCUUGUUACAAACCCAAAGAGAAACUUCCCGUGGAAGCAAAGUUGCCGUGGUACAAACAAGCUCAAGAGCUGGAAGAAGGAGCAGUGGUGUCUGAAGAACCUUCGUUUAUUCCUGAGGCUUGGUCCUCCUGUAGUGUCACCUGUGGAGUGGGCAGCCAGGUGCGGCUUGUGAAAUGUCAAGUGCUUCUGUCUUUCUCUCAGUCUGUGGCUGAUUUGCCUAUUGAUGAAUGUGAAGGUCCCAAACCCGUGUCUCAGAGAGCCUGUUACAGUGGUCCCUGCAAUGGAGAAGCAGCUGAACAUACUCCUGAAGAAACGGAUCUGCUGUAUGGUAGAUUGCAGGAAUUCGAUGAGCUCUAUGACUGGGAAUAUGAGGGCUUCACUGAGUGUUCGGAGUCUUGUGGAGGAGGUGUCCAGGAGGCUGUGGUGACCUGCCUGAACAAGCAAACCAGGGAGAUUGCAGAUGAGACUCAGUGUGUAACAAGUCGCCGUCCUCCACAGCUGCUGAAAGCCUGUAGUCUGGAUCCCUGCCCUCCAAGAUGGGAAAUUGGGAAAUGGAACACCUGCAGUCUUACGUGUGGGGUUGGAUUGCAGACACGAGAUGUCUUCUGUUCUCACCUACUAUCAAGAGAAAGUAAUGAGACCGUGAUUUUAGCAGAUGAAUUGUGCCAUAAACCUAAGCCAUCGCUUGUACAAGCCUGUAAUCGCUUCGACUGCCCGCCCUCCUGGUAUACUACAGAAUGGCAAGAGUGUUCACAGACAUGUGGAGGUGGUGUCCAGAAGCGAGAUAUACUUUGCAAGCAGCGUCUGGCAGAUGGAAGCUUGUUAGAGCUGCCAGAAACAUUUUGCUCCAUGCCGAAGCUGAUUUCCCAGCAAACCUGCAAAAAUGAGGACUGUCCUAAUGAGUGGCUUCUUUCUGACUGGUCACAGUGUUCAGUGAGUUGUGGAGAGGGGACCCAAAGUCGAAAUGCUAUUUGCAGAAAGAUGCUGAAAACUGGGGGUUCUGUUAUCAUCAAUUCCUCCCUGUGCCCACCUCUGCCAUUCUCAUCCUUACUCAGGCCCUGUGCACUAGCAACCUGUGCAAGGCACAACAGGCCAGCUCAUAAGCAAAGUCCUCAUAUUGUGGCCGUAAAGAAAGUUUACAUCCAGACAAGGAAGCAGAAGAAGCUACACUUUAUUGUGGGUGGGCAUGCCUAUCUGCUGCCCAAAACCUCUGUUAUUCUCCGAUGCCCCACAAGGAGGUUCCGGAAGUCAAUGAUCUUCUGGGAGAAGGAUAACAAGAGGCUCAUCAGCUCAGCUCACAUCACCAUUGCACCCUAUGGGUACAUGAAAAUCCAUCGUUUGAGGCCUUCAGACACUGGGAUAUAUACCUGCAUAGCAGGGCCAGCCCGGGAGCAUUUUGUAAUUAAACUAAUAGGAAGCAACAAAAAUCUCAUUGCUGGGCAGCCAGCUGGCAUUAGGGAGGAAGAGGCCAUGAGAAAGUCCGGUCUAAAUGAAGCCUUGCGAACACAGGAGAAACAUAUCAAUGGGAUUCUCUUCAAUGGAAGCAAGACUGAAAAGCGAGGGCAUCUUGCUGACCCUAGUGGCUGGUAUGACAAUAUUGUCUCAAGGUUGCUACAGCACAAGGGCUGGCCAGGGGGAAAUCUGGAGUUCCGUGAAGCCCAGGAGUCCACAGAGAGAAAUGUGUCCUCAGAGGAAGACCAGAGCCAGGAGUAUAGCCUGCCAUAUACUAUGGUCACAGAUCAGAAACAGUUGGAUGAUAUCAUAAGGAAUUUGUCUCAGCAACCUGAGGAGCUUAAAGAUAUUUACACUGAGCAGAUUGUUGUACAGUUGGCUCAUGAGAUUUUCAAGAGCCACUUGGAGCAUCAGGAAUCUGUCCUCAAAGCAUCAAGACGAAGAGUUGAUUCAGCUUCCAUGGAAUACCCUUUCCACAGACAUGUUUCUGGAUUUACCAGCUCCUUGAGGACAUCAUCUGCUGAAGCAUUUCUUCCCACCUCUAUGAACCCAACGAAUGGCUUGCACAGCCCUCAUCAAAAGCCUGCCAUCCUCCGAAAGAUUUCAGCAGCACAACAGCUUUCUGCUUCAGAGGUUGUCACCCACCUGGGACAGACAGUGGUUCUAGCCAGUGGCACACUGAGUGUGCUGCUUCACUGCGAAGCAGUGGGAAACCCAAAGCCCACCAUCAGUUGGGCUAAGAAUGGAGAGGAGGUGAAAUACAAUGAUAGGAUGCUACUUCAGCCUGAUGACUCCUUGCAGAUUCUAGCACCUGUGGAAGCUGAUGUGGGUUUCUAUGCUUGCAACGCAUCUAAUGCUCUGGGAUCUGACUCUGUGUCCAUUGCUGUCACUCUAGCAGGAAAACCACUAAUAAAGGCAUCAAGAGCUACUGUGAUCAACACUGAAUUGCCUGCUGUCACUGCUGAUAUUGGAAGCACAGUGAAAACAAUCCAAAGAACAAAUGUUACCAUUAGCUGCCAGGUUGCAGGUGUUCCUGAAGCGGAAGUUACUUGGUUUAAAAAUAAGGUCAAGCUGUCCCCUGCUCACCACCUGCACGAUGGGUUGCUGCUAAUUGCAAAUGUUUCUCUGUCGGAUCAGGGGUUAUAUUCCUGCAGGGCAGCCAAUCUACGUGGGGAGGUAACUGAAAGCUCCCAGCUGUUGGUUCUUGAGCCUCCACGACCCCUUCCUUACCUAGAAAAUUUGACAGCAGUGCUUUCCAGCAUUGGGACCAACCCUCCUUCAGUGCUGACCUCUCCUUCAGGAACAAAAAUGACUAUCAGUCCAGGGAGCUCUGCUCUAAUAGGUAAGCUUUAUGAUUUGUUUGUUUGUUUGUUUGUUUUUAGAUUAAAGAAGUCCUUUUAUGUUACAGG